CUGAAGCCUCGCGAGAGUUGGCCUUGCCGGCUGCCCUUGAGUUCACUGCUUCGUGGGUCUCCGGAGCAAGCUUGGCCAGGCAAAGCCAUGGCCCAGCUGCUUCUCAAGGCCUACGAUGAGGUCCCCGACGGCACCCAGUGUCACCGCAAGGCCUACAUCACCACUGCCCUCGGAGGCCUCAUCGGUGCGAUAGGCUCAGCCUACAGCGUUGUACUCAACCCCGCAGAUUCCCACCUGGAAGCAAUGGCCAGGGCUGGCCGGUACACAUUCACUGCAGCUGCUGUCGGAGCUAUGUUUGGCCUUGCCACCUGUGUCAGUGCCCAAGUCCGAGAGAAGCCGGAUGACCCCCUGAACUACUUCAUCGGAGGCUGUGCCGCAGGCUUGACCCUGGGAGCACGCACUCACAACUAUGGGACUGCAGCCGUGAGCUGUGUAUACAUGGGCACUGCGGCCACGCUGUUCAAGAUUGGCAAGCUGGAAGGCUGGGAUUUAUUUGCCACCCCCAAGGUGUGAGCAGAACCCCCACAGCAAAUAAACACUGUGUGUCCCUG